GUGUCGUUUUUGCGUGUAGUGUCAGUGUCAAGUUGAAGAGGAUAUUUUUGAGAAGAAAAUGAAGUUUUGCAAAAUCGAGAGCUUACAGACUUCUUCCAAACAACAACCAUUAACGCAAAUAUCAACAAGCACGAAGUUAUUGAAAGAAAAUUUAACAUUUUGGCUAUGGAAGUCUAGAACAAUCUAUGGCGUCGCGUCGUCGAACAUGUCACGUGAUCCGAAUGACAGCGAAGAGAAACGGCAGUACUCGAGACUUAGCCACUGAUCAGACAGCGGCAUCUUCCUUCUGGACUCCCACCAUCAAGACAAGCAACAUCUUCGAUGAAGCCGCAAACUUCUUCCCCACCGGACAUGGUCUGGUCCAAACUCACCCGACCGGAAAUGUGUUUCGAAGUGGAUUCGGUGGUAUCGACAACUUGGGUAGUCGAGGGGUAACUGUUCGACCACCAAGAACGAGACCACUCGACUACAGUGAACGAGCUACCGCUGAACUUCGACGAAACCCAGCAUUAUCCUCCCCUGAUGAGUGCGCAAGAGCUUGCCGAGAAAAUGAACCACCCAGGAUAUGCUAUUAUCACUUCACCCUCGAAUAUUAUAUGGUCCUUGGAGCCGCUUGUCAAAUCUGCACCCCUAACGCUACUAACGUCGUGUGGAGCGACUGUCAGUGUGUUCUUGCGGAUGGUGUUGAAAGAGGAAUUCUAACGGCGAACAGAAUGGUACCUGGACCCAGUAUCCAAGUAUGUCAAGGUGACAAAGUGGUGAUCGAUGUGGAAAAUCAUAUCGAAGGUAUGGAAGUUACCAUUCACUGGCACGGUAUAUGGCAGAGAGGAUCUCAAUACUAUGAUGGUGUACCAUUUGUGACACAGUGUCCAAUUCAAGAGGGUAGCACCUUCAGAUACCAAUGGUUGGCAGGAAACGAAGGAACACAUUUCUGGCACGCUCACACUGGUUUACAAAAGAUAGACGGUCUCUAUGGUAGCAUCGUUGUGCGUCAACCACCGAGCAAAGAUCCUAACAGUCAUCUUUAUGAUUAUGACUUGACUACCCACGUUGUACUUCUUAGCGAUUGGUUCCAUGAAAACGCGGCCGAACGUUUCCCUGGACGUCUCGCAGUUAACACGGGUCAAGCGCCUGAAAGUGUGCUGAUCAACGGAAAAGGACAAUUUAGGGAUCCCAAUACCGGUUUCAUGACGAACACACCGUUGGAAGUGUUUACCAUAACUCCGGGACGGCGUUAUCGUUUCCGGUUAAUCAACUCGUUCGGGUCAGUUUGUCCAUCCCAGAUCACGUUCGAAGGUCACUCGCUGACCAUCAUCGCGACCGAUGGCGAAGCUGUGCAACCGGUCAGCGUGGACACCAUUAUCUCGUUCUCCGGUGAACGAUACGAUUUCGUUAUAAACGCGGAUCAACCAGUCGGCGCGUAUUGGAUCCAAGUUCGCUCCCUUGGAGAGUGCGGUAUUCCGCGUGCCCAACAGCUGGGCAUAUUGCGCUAUGCCCGUGGCCCUUACCAACCGACGUCUACGGCACCAACUUACGAUUUUGGUCUUCCGCAGGGAGUAGUACUGAAUCCCCUGGACGCGAUUUGUAAUCGCGAACGCGAAGACGCAAUCUGCGUGAACCAAUUGAAGAACGCUCGUCAAAUCGACCAAGGAAUUCUCCAACAGCGGCCGGACGUGAAAAUAUUCUUGCCAUUCCGUUUCCUCUUCUACAGGCCAGAAGAAGUCUUCCAGCCGCAAACGUAUAAUCGAUUCUUAGUCGCACCGACCGGAGAUCAUGUAAUCUCUCUUGUGGAUGAAAUCUCGUUCACGUUUCCGCCGGCACCUCCGCUUUCGCAAAUCGACGACAUCCCGCCUGAACAAUUUUGCAACGGGGAUAAUAGACCUGCGGACUGCGGCGCUAACUGUAUGUGCACCCACCAAGUUGAUAUCCCGCACAACGCCGUCGUCGAAGUGGUUCUCGUCGAUGAAGUUCAACAACCGAAUCUUUCGCAUCCGUUCCACUUGCACGGUUAUGCGUUCAACGUAAUCGGUAUCGGCCGUUCACCAGACAAGAAUGUGAAGAAGAUUAAUUUGAAACAUGCGUUGGAUCUCGACAAGAGAGGUCUCCUCAAUCGACAGUUCAAUCUUCCACCUGCCAAGGACACCAUUGCUGUUCCAAACAAUGGCUAUGUCAUCUUCCGGUUCCGUGCGGAUAAUCCUGGAUACUGGUUAUUCCAUUGUCACUUCCUGUUCCACAUACUGAUCGGAAUGAACCUGAUACUGCACGUUGGAACACACGCUGAUCUUCCACCAAUACCGCCCAAUUUCCCAAGAUGCGGAGACCAUCUACCGCCAAUAACACCACCUUCGCUAUCGCUGGACUCGUUUCACUGAUCUUGAAAAAGGUCGAAAUCGAGGCGGUCCAAAGCAUAUACAAUAUUAUUAGCGUAUUCCUGUAAAGUAGUCACGGUAUGCUGUAGCGAAAUCAUUUCGUAAUUUCUUCCUUUCGUCGGGUCGUUCGUCGAAAAGCGUUUCUCAGCGAGAGAAAUAUAACAAACAGCUGAAGAGUUGUGGUCCUCGAGAAUGAGGUGCACAGACAACGGACAGUAGCACGAGUGAUCCUUUUUAAUCAGACAUAAUCGAUAUAGAGUUCUUGGUGCCGUGAUAACGAUCGUUCCCGAACGACGAAUACGACUUUACUGUGCAGAGAUGACUCGUUGGCUAGCGCAGUGAUGGGCAGAUCAAGUUCUUCAACUUUUAUGUUUCCGAAUUUUUAAAUUUAGUGAUUUAAAAUUUUGCAGUUUAUAAAUUUUCAAUAACAAAUUUCCA